UACCAAUUUCAACUAUAGAUUUUUAUGGACUGGCCAAUGAUUAAUUUCUUAAUCUCCUUUCUAACAACUCAAUACAAAUAGGUCACAAAUUUAGACAAAACCACCAUUAAGCAACUAAUAGAAAAAUCUCCAACAUGAGUACUCAUGUUGAGAAAAUUGCAUACCAUGCCAUCACGACCCUCCUUUCAACAUCUCUCAUACUUCUUGGGAUCAUCCUCUUCAUCUUUUGUAAGAAAAAACCGGUUGAAUCCGAGGAGAAUCCUUCAACAAAGAACUGUGCACACCAUUAUUCGUUAAUCGAUGUCGAUGCAGCCACCGAUGGCUUCAACCAUAGGAGAAUCAUUGGAAAAGGUCACUUAGGAACUGUAUACGCAGCUGUUUUAACAAGUGGUCAGCUAGUUGCAGUAAAGCGGAUUCAUUCUUGGAUUGUAUUGAGCCAUGCCGGUUUAGGGUUUUCUUCAAUUCUCAAAUCGCUCUCCUUAGCUCAUCACCCCCAUGUAGUCCCCACAUUAGGGUUUUCGGAAGCACCAGGUGAGAGGAUCAUCAUAAUGGAGUUUGUUGGCAUGAAGAGUCUGGAAUUUUAUUUGCAUCAAAACUCUGAUGGGGCGUCUCUUUUGGAUUGGGGGCGGCGCCUGAGGAUUGCAGCUGGAGUGGCUGAAGGUGUCAAAUACUUGCAUGAAGUGAUGGUUCCUCAUGUAGUGCAUGGUUGCAUCAAGCCCUCGAAUAUAUUGAUAGAUGUGAAUUUUCGUGCUAAGGUAUGUGAUUAUGGGCUAUAUUUCUUGGCGCCACAAGAGCUGAAAGGUCUUGAAGGGUAUGUGGAUGAUGAAUAUUGGGUUGAGAGAAUGGUUGCUUCAAAGGAAUGUGAUGUUUAUGGUUUUGGGGUGGUUUUGUUGGAGCUAUUGAGUGGGAGGAAAAGUGAAGAUGGUUUGCUUGUCCAUUGGGCAUUGCCUUUGAUUAAAGAAAUGAAGAUUAGUGAAAUUUUGGACCCUAGGCUUGUAAUACCUUUUGAUCUGAAGCCUCUUGUUAGAUUGGCUAAAGUUGCUUUAGCUUGUGUUGGUAACUUUAGGAAAAAUAGGCCUUCUAUUGCUCAAGUGGCUACUAUUUUGACCAAUUUAAAUUUGGAGCUUUGUUUCGAUUCUUUUGAGAAAUAAGGUCCCUAAGCACCUAUUCUAAGUAAUUGGCCACCCUCUAAAGUGAGCCACAUGUUACGUCUCGUUAUGUAAGGAGGUUAUGCUAUGUUAAGAAUACGUACGCUGAA